GCGCCCACUCAACUAGGUUGAACAAUCAUGGUAUGAUCUAACAAUUAACUCUUUUUUUUUGGAGUACUGAGGGAAACGUCAGGCCACCACUCGAGAGUGUGCACUGUCUUGUGACCUUACUUUACAGAGGACCACAAGGUGAGUUCAGCUCCAAGUGAAAAUGAUCUAUUGACCUUCUUAGUUUGAGUUGGUCAGUUAUGGACAACUAUGUUAAUUUGGUGUGUAUCGGAUAAAUCUUGUCUUGUGAUUUUAGCCGGCAAUAGAACACAAGGAUGUAAACCAACUUAACUGUCCAUAGCUGACUUGCUCAAAUGAAAAAGGUUAAUAGGUCGUCCUCACUAAAAGUUUUUGGAAUCUUGUAAUUAGCAAAUUAUUUGAUUGGGGUCGUCCCUACCCUCUAACUUUGUUGUAUUGGCACAUGAGUUAAAGCUCAAAUUUUGGCAUUUGGAAAUCAGUCAUUGAUGAUACAUUUUCAAUUUGGUAUCGGUGUUGAGUUUGAAGUUUUGUGAACAUGUGUUGGGGAGUGAUCCUUAAAUUGUGAUUGGUUGAAAAUAUUGAAGUAGCAUUAGUUUGAUUGAUGAGUCUUAACUUUAAGGUUUUGAGGUGUUUAGUGUCAUCAAAGCACCACAACAUUAAUCAUGUGAAACUCUUCUCCUUUCAUGUGAUUGCUUUGAAGUCUCAUCAAUGAAAGACUCACACCGCUCUCUCCAUUCAAUUCCUACCUCUAUUAUCUUCUUCAAUUCAAUUCCCCAUAAUCACACACAACGUAACAUGGUUGUUCAAACCCAAAUAUCUGUGUUGAAACCAUGAAAGACUUAUCAUUCUUCCUCCUCAAGAACUCCUUCGGAGCCAAGAUGAGAAGAGGCUUCAGAAACUUCUGCAACGACGCCGCCUCCACCUCCACCCUCAACCAGCAACAAAGCUCCGACCCCCACCGCCGCUUCGAUAUGUCGUCGGAGGUCGCCGGCCGGCGGUCGCAGGCGGAGGAGAGCGAGAUGGAGAGCCACCAACAACCCACCUUAGAGGAAAUGCUGUUCCGGCUAGACAUGGAGGAGAAAAUGGCGGCGCGGCGGCGGAGAGAGAAACUCGACGACGACAACAACAUCGUCAGACACCGCAUGUCGUGCGUUAACAGCUCCGACAUCCUCCGAACCGCCCGGAACGCGCUGAACCAGUACCCCCGGUUUUCCCUCGACGGGAAAGACGCCAUGUACAGAUCGUCGUUCCGUCACCGGGACGCCGGCGCCGGCGCCGGCGCAAUUGAGAGAAGCCGGUAUCUGCCGAGCAAGAUCGGCGGGGAGAGGGUGAUAUGGUGUAAGCCCGGCGUGGUGGCUAAGCUUAUGGGCCUGGACGCCUUGCCGGUGCCGCUGCGCUGCGCUAGGCGGCCUAACACGGAAACGACGACAACGAAAGUGAAUGGUGGGGACUUGAUAAGGAGGCAGAAUCUGAGGAGGAGAGCUGAAAUGGAAAGACAUGAGAGAAGAGAUACAGAGCUUAUGAGUGGAAGUUCUUGUUCCACGGCUAAGGGUUACUGUGUUUUGAAGCCUGUGGCGAAGGAGGAUGACGAUGAAGUUGGAGGAUGGCCGAUUCGCGGCGGCUUUUUGUAUAGCAAACACAAUCUUGUUUAAGGAUCUGAUCCAUGUUGGAUAUAUAUAUGUUCUUAGUAAAUGUUUGGAAAACAUGAAAACAACAUGCAUGUUUUAAGUUAGGCUAAUAGUGACUAGAUUUGAAUUUACGUUAUGUAUGUUUUUAUAUUUAAAGAAUAUGAAUGAACAAAUUUUUAACA